AUGGCAAACGGCGCGAUUGCAAAAUCUCAUGCUUCUUCUUCCACCACGACCACCACUAAAACAAGACCAAACGACCAGACUUCAAAGGAGCAGGCAUCUCGCAGGGCGCCACGGAUAGAGAAGUUCUCUGGAGAAAGCCUCAAAAUACGCUUUCCCGCACGGAUAGUACGAGCCUAUCUGCGCAAACAACAACGUCGGCAAGAAAGAGAGCAGCCUAAAGAGGAACUCAAGAUCCGCUUCUCAGCCCACGUUGUCACCCUGGUUAACACCAAACGUCGCUGGAGAGAAUCACUGAUGGAGGCAGAGAAAAUAAAGACUGAAACUCGUUGGCAGGAGCAGCGAAUAGAGGAAUGGAGAGCCGUUAUCGACGAAACACUCAUAUGUGGCGAGCAAUGCGGGCUAGUGAGUAGUCUGACUGUAGCCAUGAUGGAGGCCGAUCUAGCCAGCGGAGUAUAUAUCCCAACGAGGGACCCCGCGUAUCUAAUCGCCACAGGUGAGGACGAUGCGGUCUCUCCCACGAGCCAACGACCUCCAACUACAUAUAAAGGAUAUAUGGAGUUCGCAACAGAGGACCAAAAGGAGUUUUUAAAGAGAGCACCUUUUGUUUUAGAACCCUUCGCCUUGUAUACCUUGCAUCGACACUUGCACGAGCACCGACGCGCCCGCGACUCGUUUCUUCAGGUAUGCAGAGAUGAAAACGACCUUCAGGAAUAUUCCAUGUGGGUAAACAGGAUGAAACCCGAAACAUUUAACGCACCCAUCGACUCUGGUGAAUGCGAGGGUGGAUGGCAACGCCAGGUGCACGGGUGGAGGAACAACGCACACGUUCGAGCAAAGCGGUUGGCAGAAAGGAGAGAGGGAUGGAAGCGCAUUAUGAAAAGAAGGACGCAAGAACGCAGACAAACAUUUUUAAGAAUGAAUGAAAAACAACAUCAUGCAAGAGGGUUACAUGCGGUCGAGGGAGAACGCAGGUUGCAACGAAACAUAAGGAGGUUCCGGGGAUUGAGGAUGGGUGACUGGGAGAGAGGAAAGCCGGAAAUACAACUGCUCCUGCGCUUUCUACCAAGAAAUGAGCACAUUGAUGUGCUCGAGUAACAGGGAAUCGGGGCUUUUCUUUUUUUUUCCCGGGAAGAUCUCAGUCCUAUUCCAACUGAAUAGAAAUAACUAUAAUGGUCUAGUCAAAGGAGAUGAGCCUACCGGCUUCGAAUAGAGCGAUCGGAGCGGCAAUUCGGUAAUUUCGUUAAAUAUGGAUUUUGGAUGGCGGGAUUGAGUGGGAGAUAAUUGGAUCUUUUCGACUAUUUUAUAUCAAUGGAUUUACUUGGUC